AGGAAAAGCUCAAUUUUAGGAAAGAAGUGAGAGAAAGCACCAAUUUCUUCACCAUCAACUCUCUCUCUCUCUCUCUCUCUCUAACUUCCUUGCUUGACUCUCGGUUUUCUGUUACCCAAUCUUCUCCCAUUUCCAAACUAAGAAACAAACACUAAGAUUUCUCUCUUUCCUUUUACAACAUUUUCUUGUUUCUUUUUACUGUGAAUUUUUUUUGGUUUUGAUUGAAAAGGAACUUUUUUGAAUUGGUGCUGCUCAUCAAUAUUAACGAAUGUUAUUCUCAAUUAAACCAUGACUAAUCGCAAUGCUGAUGCUAAUAAGGUUGAAGGGGUUAAUCAAACACCUCCACCACCUGGGGCCAAUGAUCAGGUUCGCGGCGGAAAUAAGGUUUACAAAAGCGGUCCCCUGUUUUUAUCAUCAAGAGGAAUUGGAUGGACAUCAUGGAAGAAGAGGUGGUUCAUUUUAACUCGUACCUCAUUGGUCUUCUACAGAACUGAUCCUAAUGCUACUCCUCAAAAGGGGAGCGAAGUGAAUUUAACCCUGGGUGGUAUUGAUCUCAACAGUUCAGGCAGUGUUGUUGUCAAAGAAGAUAAGAAACUGUUGACUGUGCUAUUUCCUGAUGGUCGUGACGGACGAGCUUUCACACUCAAGGCGGAAACAUUGGAGGAUUUGCUUGAGUGGAAAACUGCACUUGAGGAAGCUUUGGCAAAUGCACCUAGUGCUGCUCUUGUAAUGGGCCAAAAUGGAAUAUUUAGGAAUGAUCAGGCCAAUGCUGUUGAUGUUUCACUUGAGCAAUCAAAUGAUAGACAGCCAGUGAAGUCCAUGGUCAUUGGUCGGCCGGUUUUACUUGCUCUGGAAGAUAUUGAUGGAACUCCAUCUUUCCUGGAGAAAGCCCUGAGGUUUGUAGAAGAGCAUGGGGUUAAAGUAGAAGGCAUCCUGCGGCAAGCAGCAGAUGUUGAUGAUGUUGAGCAUCGGAUACGGGAGUAUGAACAGGGUAAAACUGACUUCUCUCCAGAUGAGGAUGCUCAUAUUAUUGCCGAUUGCGUCAAGUACAUACUGCGAGAGUUGCCAUCAUCUCCAGUUCCUGCAUCUUGCUGCAAUGCCCUUUUGGAAGCAUUUAGAACUGAGCGUGGCAUUAGAGUCAACGCUAUGCGUACAGCUAUAUUGGAGACAUUUCCAGAACCAAACCGUCGGCUGCUGCAGAGGAUUCUUAUGAUGAUGCAAAGUGUGGUUUCUCACAAAACUCAAAAUAGAAUGAGCACAUCAGCAGUGGCAGCUUGCAUGGCACCUUUACUUCUUCGCCCACUUCUAGCUGGAGACUGUGAGCUAGGAAAUGACUUUGCUAUGAGUGGUGAUAGCUCUGUUCAACUUCUGCAGGCAGCUGCUGCAGCCAACCAUGCUCAAGCCAUCGUCAUCACAUUGCUAGAGGAGUAUGGCAAAUUGUUUGGGGAAGGCUCUGUAUCGCCUGAACUAUACUCUGACUCAGAUGGUAGUGGAACCGAGAGUGGAGAAGAAUUUACUGAUGAUGAUUACAGCUAUGAAGAAGAAGAAGACGAUGAUGAUGAUGCAGAAGAGAGCUCUCAUGCUGACGUUGAUGAUUCUGAUCAUGACUCCUGUGCAACAACCAAUGAGGUUGGCGAAAGUGAAGACAGUAACAAGAGCUCUCGAGUUUCUAAAGCUAGUUUAAAGACUCCUGAAGUGGACAGCGUCGUCAAAGCUAAUGGGAUCUCACCGACAAGUCUACCUCAAACUUCUGUUCAGCAUGAUGUCAAUGAAGCGGGUGAGAACGUUCUGCCUCAAAGUCAUGAAAAUUCGAGAACACAAGGAAAUGAAUCUGGUGAACAAGUAGGACCUGGACAUGUUGAAACAUCUACUUCUCAAAAGUCAACGGAUAUAUUAAAUGGACCUCUGCGCAGUGUUCGCCGACCUGCUGUCUGGGGUCGUACUCCUGCCAAGAAGAACCUCUCCAUGGAAUCAAUUGACAUCCCCUUUGAUGAUGAGGAUGAAAUCCAGAGGCUUGAGGCUAUUAAAAGUGACCUACAAACAAGGGUUGAAGAGGCGGUCAAAGGCAACGCCCUUUUGCAUGAAAGUCUGGAGAAACGAAAGAAUGCUUUGCAUGAGCAUCGUCUAACACUUGAAAAAGAUGUAGCAAGGCUUCAGGAGCAACUACAGAAGGAGACGGAGUUAAGGAUACUCCUGGAAGCUGGAAUUGAAGGCAAAUUACCUAUCUCUUUCAGUAUAGAUGGGACGAUGAAGGAAGAACUUCAGGAGAUUGCUCAGGAAGAGGCAGAUAUCAUCAAUCUGAAACAGAGGGUUGAUGAUCUUGGAUUGCAGCUUAGUAAACAACGUGAACAAAAUUCCAGACUUCGUAUUGACUUGGGCAAUCAACCGCAGCAAAGUCUCAAUAAUCACGGAAAAAGCAAGGAUAAACAUAAGGAUAUGGAAACGAAUGCUUCAAAAACUCUUGAAAAGUCUGCAAGAAGUAAGCACGAGACCAAUUUGAACAAGGCGGAUAGUGAGAAAGACAAUAAGUAUGAAUCUCCAUUGUCGGCAAAUAAACAUCCACAGAGUAAGCAAGCAGAUUCAUCACAAAGUACUAACUCUUCUGUGGAAGCAGGGAUGAGCAGGGCCGCUUCAGCCAGUUGUAGAAAAUCUAGUUCUAGGAAUGAGGGAGCUAAUGCUACAACAUCAGCAUUAUCAAAGCUGACAAACAGGCUAAACUUCUUGAAAGAACGUCGGACUCAAUUAACUGCAAGUGAACUCCAAUACCUAGACAAAAGCCAGUCUGGCGAGCCUGUCAAAAACAAUGAAAGAGGUAAAGGGUCCGAACCUCACCACCCUGACAAGUUUCAAGCAUCUCAAAGCACAGAAAAGAGUACAUCAGACAGUCACCACGCUCUUCAUCACCCCGACGGUCAGCAUCCAGAUCGAGGAACAAAACACGAAAUCCAUCCAAAUUUGGACAAAGGAAAAUCAGAGAGCUUCCCAAAUACAGAAAAAGGUCGAGCUAUAUUCCCUCCAAGGACAAACUCGAGAUGAUGCAUAGUCAUUUUUCAGACUUCCCUAGUUUGCAAUAUGUCAAACAGCUUCUCAGAUAUCAUGUUAGGCUGAGAGUAGAAGAUGAUGAGCGCGCUUGUUGCAUGACCUUGAUUGGUGCCUCGAUAAUUGAUUGUGAUGCCAACCUUGCCUAGCUGAGGCUCCAUGAUGCCUGAUACGUACAGGUCCUCUAUCCUAUGAGGAGAAGUUGAGUGGCAUGAAAUGCUGCUGAGCUGAAGUUCUGCAUUGUGCUUUUCUGGAAAUGAAAUCAAUGCUUUUGUAUAGGUAUGUCAUAAGUAGAAAUCUAAUUAUUUGAUAUAGCGGAUUAAAAGGUAUCAGAUAGUUUUUAGAACUACUGCAACUCCUUUUCUUGUUUGUCAGUUAUAGCCUGACAACCGCCCCUGCUGAAACUAAGAUAAGAAAAUUUUGUUUCCAUUCAAUUGUAUAAAAUGUUGGUUGCUUCCCACUGGAAAUAAGGUUUUUUAGGACA